UCAGCGUUGUGUUAUUUGUUCAAAGCUGAAUGAAAUGUGUGGGGUGAGAGAAAGUAUAGUUGAGGGUAGGCUUGAUUCUUUUGGUUCCUGCAUGACUACUCCAAUUCAAUUUUGUAGCGCUUCUUAGACAAAUUAAUAAAGAAAAGGAGAAACGUCACAUUACAUACAAACGUUGCACCAAAUUUAAUUAAAUACUUAUACGGAGUGAAAGAGUAGGCGAACCACUCAGUAAUUGCUUCCAAGUGCCGUCUCUCUUUCUCUCUCCGGGGUUCAUUGAUUCAUUUGGAAGAUUCAGCUCCCAAAUUGACCCUUUCAUUUACAAGUCAGCCAUGAAUUAGUUUUUUUUUUUUAAUAGAAAAGCAAAGAGGGUUAUAUGGGUAUAAAGAGAAGCUGCCGUACAGAGCUGUGUAACCUGAAGCCACGCAAAGGGUCUCUUCCUCUUCUUUAGCUUCUUGUAUAUAUAUAUCCUCGUUCAUGCUAUUCUCAUUUCUUUAACAAAAGCAAACAAUAUUCAUAUUGUUGUGACAAAAGGCAAAAAGAAAAACAUUUUUCUUUGAUUUUUAAAAAUGGGAAGCUUCGUCAUUCUCCGUUGCUUCAUCAUAAUCUUCUUCUUGUUGUUCAACGGAGCAUUUGGGAAUAUAUGGACCAGAAUGGAGAUGGUGGAGAUGGCUGGCUACGGCGAACAGAAACUCUCCUCCGUCAUCAUCACCGGAUCUCUUCUUUGCGACACUUCACGUCCUCGCUUUCAUUCCAUCGCUAUUCCAGGUGCAACUGUUGCCAUCAAGUGCCACACUGGAUCCAAAAAGAGGUCCAAAUGGAUUAAGGCUGUUACUGAUGAUUUGGGAGAGUUCGAAAUCGAUCUUCCCUCCCAACUCCACGCGAUUCCUGACCUCGAAAACACAUGUUUCAUCAAGCCAGUACAUGUUCCUAAGCCCUACAGAUGCUAUCACACUUCUACCAAUAUACACAAACGUAUCAAACUUGUUUCCUCUACCAAUGGCUUCCGUGUCUACACCUCAGGGAAGAUCAGGUUACAAGGUUACAGUGCAAGAUCAUAACAAGCUCAUGGUGUCAACAUUUCAACAAAAGAUUUGAACAGAAACAGCAGAUUCUUCAAGUUCCAUCAUGUGAAAACCAUUCGUUUCUUCUGGUCCUCGUUUGUUUAGCUGGCGCUUCAGUCACAGAACCGAGUUGAGUCUCUCUAUAUUGUAUUUCAUGUUGCAACGGUGUAAAAAAAAACAUACGCGGUUUACAUCAUGUGUAUAAAGGCCCUCAUGUUUUUGGUACAAAAGUAGCGUGAUCACAUUAGAACAUA